AUGCGACUCAUCAUCGUGGAUUUUCAGGCCGUUAAGAUUUCACUCGAUGUCGGUCUGAGUAAGAAGCUCGGGGUCUCCUCGUCAGUCCUGCAGGGGCUGUGGUUGUCCUACAGCACAGAGAGUCUGAGUCCUGCUCUGUCGUCGCUGAGGAACCUGUACACCCCCAACAUCAAGGUGAGCAGGCUGCUGAUUAUGGGCGGGGCUGAUGUGGAUGUGCGGAGUGACGUCCUGAACAACGCCCCCCUGCUGUGCGUCCACGCUCACCUGGGACACAGAGACGCUGUGGCGCUGCUGCUCGACCUCGGAGCUCAGGUGGACGCUCAGUCACAUGAUGGUCUGACUGCGCUGGGAUUCGCUGCUGCAGCCGGACAUCUGGACAUCGUCACCAUGUUGAGUCAGCACAGAGCAAAGGUGGGACACGUGGACAGCUCAGGUCGCUGUGUGUUGGUGCACGCCGCUCAGUGCGGUCACCUCGACGUGCUGAGCUUCCUGCUGAAGCGUGCGGACUGGAGCUGCACUUCCUGCUGCGGCCAGAGGGAGGCGAGCAGGCGUCAGGCGCUGCAGCAGGCGCUGACCGCAGCCGCCAGCAUGGGCCAAUCAGAGCUGUUGUCGUACCUCCUGGAUCUCCCAGAGGAAGACGAGGAAGAGGAGGAGAGACCUGAGAUCAACACAGCUGACAGUCUGUGGGGGGAGACAG